UCCGCGCGCCGACAAACGUCAUCGCCGGAUGCCGAGCGUGGUGGUGAGGUUAGCUCUAGAAGUUGGUUGGUGACCGAUUUCUGCGAGCCAUGGAGAGUGACUUUUACCUACGCUACUACGUGGGCCACAAGGGCAAGUUCGGCCAUGAAUUCCUGGAGUUUGAGUUCCGACCCGAUGGGAAAUUAAGAUAUGCCAACAACAGUAAUUACAAAAAUGAUGUCAUGAUCAGAAAAGAGGCUUAUGUACAUAAAAGUGUGAUGGAGGAACUGAAGAGAAUAAUUGAUGACAGUGAAAUUACCAAAGAGGACGAUGCUUUGUGGCCUCCUCCUGAUCGAGUGGGCCGACAGGAACUUGAAAUCGUCAUUGGAGAUGAACACAUUUCUUUCACAACAUCAAAAAUUGGUUCCCUUAUUGACGUCAAUCAGUCCAAGGAUCCAGAAGGCUUGCGAGUAUUUUAUUAUCUUGUCCAGGAUCUGAAGUGCUUGGUCUUUAGUCUCAUUGGAUUACACUUCAAGAUUAAACCAAUCUAGAUCAAAUACUGGUGUGGACAUGAGGGGACAGAGUAGUUUUUAAUUCAUGUCAGGAGAUUUUUCUGUAUAUCAGGGCAUUUUUUUUUUAUAAAUGAUAGAUUAUUGUCUUUAAUAAAUACGUGAUAAAAUACAAUUUUUGUUAUCUUAUAAAAACCGGAUCAUGUGAAUUCUUUUCAGCUACUUUGUAAAACAUUCAUUGGAAUUUUACAAAACUAAUCAACUUUAGAUACAGCUAUUUUAUAGGAAACAAGAGAAUAAAACAUGUUUUUUAAAAAAAGCUCAAAUAAACACUACCCAAAGAAAAUUUCAA